AUGCGGCAGCUCGAGUUCUGGCGCCGGAUGCAAAAGACGUACGCGCCGAAUGGGACGGCCACGCCCCAGCAGCGGCAGAUGAUGGAUCAGUUUCUACGGAAUUACUGGCGGAGACCGUCGGCGGCUCAUCAACCGGCUCCGGCUUGGUCCCGGUGGGGGAGUAACAACAAUAACAACAACAUGAUGGGGCAGGGAGCCGCAGCUGGCACAGGGACGGGGUCAGGCAUGGGGCUGGGCAUGUGGUUAGGCGACGGCUGGACCCCGCAGGUGCAGAGCAUGGACCAGGACCAAGCGACGCAGAUGUUUGCGGGCUAUGACCCGUACACGCUAAUGAGUCUCCUUGGGUAUCCCGCCGGUGCGAUGGGGAUGAAUCCAUUCGGAGGCAUGAUGGGCAUAGAUCCUACUGGAGGGAUAGGCAUGGGCAAGGGCAUGAUGGGUAUCAAUAUGAGCCCCAUGAUGAACGACAUGGCAAUGGGAUUGAUGGGUUUUGACCCAACCGGCAGCAUGAGCUUGUGGGGGUUGAUCCGACCAGUAUGA